AUGACAUCAACGGCAGUAAGGUAUUCAUUCAUCUUGACUUCAUCUUUAUUCCAAUAUAGACUCAUAUCUUGUAGGGUUGGUUUGCGCGUUAGACCGUUAACACAAAAAGAACAGCUCUCCAACUGCACAGAAUGUAUAAGCUUUAUCCCCAAUGAACCACAAAUUUUACUUGGAACAGAUAAAUCAUUUACAUAUGACUAUGUGUUUAGUAACGACACUAGACAAGAAGAAGUAUAUCAAAAGGCUGCUGCACCAUUAUUAGAGAAAUUUGUUGAAGGGUUUAAUGCCACUAUUCUUGCUUAUGGUCAAACAGGAUCUGGAAAGACGUAUAGUAUGGGCACUGGAUUAGAGGCAACAGUGAAUCCCGAACAUGAAGGAAUUGUACCACGUUGCAUCGUUGACCUAUUCCGAAAAUUACAGGCGCAGUCCGAGCCAGAGUUUAAAUACGAAGUCUAUGUGUCCUUUUUGGAACUGUAUAAUGAAGAGCUGAUUGAUCUAUUAAACCCUCAUACAGCCAUGAAGAAGAAGGGCGCAUUGCCUGCCAAUGUGACUCCGGUAGAAGUGACCAUUCGAGAAGAUAUCGCCGGAAACAUCUAUUGGAGCGGCGUGAGGGAAGAGCUGUGUCAUAGCCCUGAAGAACUCAUGUCUUAUCUUGCCAAGGGCUCUUUGUGUCGUACUACGGGCUCAACUGACAUGAACACUGUCUCUUCUCGAUCCCAUGCUGUCUUUUCGGUGAUUUUAAAGCAACAAAAAUCAAAGGAUGAACCUGCAUUGACGAGUAAAUUUCAUUUUGUCGACUUGGCUGGUUCAGAAAGACUCAAGCGUACCAAUGCUCAAGGCGAUCGUGCAAAAGAAGGCAUCUCCAUCAACUCUGGUCUCUUGGCUCUUGGCAAUGUAAUCUCGGCUUUAGGAGAUGAAUCUCGCAAGACGACGCAUGUUCCUUAUCGUGACAGCAAGUUGACUCGUUUACUACAAGAUUCAUUAGGUGGAAACAGUCAAACGCUCAUGCUUGCCUGUGUAUCUCCUGCUGAUUCUAAUUUUAUGGAAACCCUCAAUACGCUCAAAUACGCAAACCGUGCCAGAAACAUCAAGAAUCGAGUGACCAUCAAUCAAGAU